CGAUGCAAUCAGUGGCAGAUGUUUUAUGACAUUGAUGUUAUCAAGGAAUUAUGGCUAUACGAUAUGACAAAAUGUCCAACAAACUGUACCUCUGGGAAGAAACAACGGCCCAUCCCGGCAUGCCGGAGAAACGGCCCUUCAUAGCAUCGAAGGCGGCCGAUGAUAAAACAAAGGGCGACUCCGCAGGGAGCCCCGAAGGGCCCGGGCAGGCGGAAGACAGGGGGGGAUGGGGGCACAAAUUGGAUUUCCUCAUGUCGUGCAUCAGCUUGUCAGUCGGACUGGGGAACGUGUGGCGAUUUCCAUACUUGUGUUACAAGAACGGGGGAGGUACUUUCCUCAUCACCUAUCACGUUGCCAUGUUCGUUUGCGGCAUUCCUUUGUUUUUCCAAGAAGUCGCCAUUGGCCAGUACUUGGGAUCAGGAGGAAUGACGUUCGUGGGUCAGCUGUGUCCUAUCCUGAAGGGAGUAGGAUUUGCCACGAUGACCCUGGUGUUUUUGUUAGACGUUUAUUAUUGUGUGAUAGUGGCAUGGACGUUGUAUUAUAUUUAUAGCAGUUUUUCGUAUUCGCUGCCUUGGUCUGACUGUGAUAAUUGGUGGAACACGCGGAAUUGUUACCAAAGAAACUUGACAGUAUUAUCGAAUUCUACGAGUUCUAUUAGACUUUCUCCCGUGGAGGAAUUUUUCGAGCGACGAGUUCUUGGUAUGACACAAGAUAUCACCGAAAUAGGAGGUCUACAAUGGAACCUUUUCAUAGCUCUCUGUAUUGGAUGGAUAGGGAUUUACGCCAUAAUCAGGAAGGGAUUGCAUCAGAGUGGGAAGGUGAUAUGGUUCACAGCUCUAUUUCCCUAUGUGAUCCUGCUGAUCAUGUUGGUGCGAGCUGUCACCCUAGAUGGCGCUACGACGGGUCUACUCUAUUACGUAACACCUCAAUGGGAGGCUCUCCUGACACCAGGACCGUGGAUGGACGGGUUUUCACAAAUCUUCUUCGCCUACAGCAUAGGGUGUGGUGCUUUACCAGCCUUGGGAUCAUACAACAAAUUUCAUCACAAUUCAUACAAGGAUGCAGUGAUAACCUGCCUGGUGAACACGAUGACAUCGAUUCUAGCCGGCAUAGUGACUUUUUCGAUUUUGGGCCAUCUGGCCCUGGAGCAGAAUAUAGGAGUAGGCGAUGUGGUUAGAAGCGGGCCAGGACUGGUUUUUCUAACGUAUCCACAGGUAGUCAUGAAAAUGCCUGGAGCGCCAUUUUGGGCAGCGACAUUUUUCAUAAUGCUCUUGCUAUUGGGUGUAGACAGUGAAUUCUGCCUGGUUGAAUCUUUCAUAACCGGCAUUCUGGAUAAUUGGUCACAGCAAUUACGGCCUUACAGGAACACGUUCACAGCCAUCGUGUGUGCGAUUAUGUUUCUUCUUGGGAUUCCCAUGGUUACUCACGGUGGCAUGUACAUUUUCCAACUCAUGGACUACUAUUCUGCCAGUGGUAUUUCCCUUUUAUGGGUCUGCUUCUUCCAAACCGUCGCCAUUUCAUGGAUAUUCGGUGUGGAAAAAUUGAGUGACUGCGUAGAACAAAUGAUGGGAAUCAGGCCGGGCAGAUUUUGGACGUUCUGCUGGAAAUAUUUUGCACCAAUCAGCAUAGUGGUUAUAUUCAUCAGUCAAUGUGCCCAGUAUCAGAGAUUGGAGUAUGGAAAUUAUCAAUAUCCUCUGUGGGCAGAUAUGAUCGGACUGUGUAUUAGUUUUUCCUCUAUGGUUUGGGUCCCAGCGUAUGCUUUGUAUUACCUGUUGAGUCAGCCUGAAAGUUUAUUAAAAAAUUUCAGGAAAGGAAUACAGGCGAAUUUUAAGCAGAGAAAGAUUUCGGUAUGUGCCAGUAGUUCAGGUCAGCUUCUGACCCAGAGCAAUGUGGUGUUAAUAGCUCCAUCGAAUCCGCCCUGCACAAAGAGUUGACCAGAUCAUAUCCACGACAGUAUUCGAAUUAAUCAAGUUGAGCAUUAUUUAUUUGAUUAGAUAUGGUUGUGAAUGUAUCAGUACAAGAACGAGAAACUGAUGUAACUUCACCAAUUCAAUUAUUGAAAUGUAUUAUAUUACUAGCGUGACUUGUGAUAGAUGAUCAAUUGCGAUUUUUUUACCAGUAACUAGUUCCUAUGAAUAAUAUGAGUGUCAUUUCUUUGUUCGUCCCAUUAUAUGUUGUACACACUGAGAAAAUGCGAACAAUUGAAAUAUAUUCGACAUUUUUCCUCCACUCCGUUAAUUCCUGAUGGUACUAACUGUGCAUGUCCAAGAGGUGUAUGAACCAAUGAUACAAUAUACCUAUGAAUGAUGAA